AUUUGUACCGCACGUGUUGGUAACGUGCUAACGCACCGUGUAGCGAUUUGUUUCAUCGCAUAUGGCAUCUAAACACAUUCAAAUUAUCGUCGUGCGCCCGUAACAGUGAAGCGAGCGAUGCCGAAAGUUAAGAAAGCCAGAAGUGGAGAGAAAAGCGAAGGAACGGUGGCACUGGCGGACCAGAUCUUCCAGGCGGACGCGGUGCGACCUCGCAGGCGGCUGAAGAGCAGAGACAGGCCGCCAGAGAGUGACGACAAGUACGUGGACGAGCGUCUGUCCCGGAAGAUUUUAAAACAGGCCCGAAUACAGCAAGAGGAGCUUCAGACCGAGUAUGGUCUGGCACCACAGAAAAAGAAGACACCAGUCACUGAUCUCGGGCCUGACUCCCAGGAUGCAGACUCAGAUGAGGAAUGGCCAGUGCUCGGAGAAGCUGAUUCAGAGGCAGAUGAUGGUGGCUGUGAAAGUGAAGUUGUGGUUGACCCUGAAGAUGAGAAGGCUAUUGAGAUGUUCAUGAAUAAGAACCCUCCAGUGAGACGUACUUUAGCUGACAUUAUUAUGGAGAAGAUUACAGAGAAGCAGACUGAGGUAGGAACUGUCAUGUCGGAGGUGUCCGGGCACCCAAUGCCACAGCUCGACCCAAGGAUAAUGGAAGUCUACCGAGGUGUCGGUAAGGUUCUGACAAAAUAUCGAAGUGGUAAACUGCCAAAGGCUUUCAAGAUUAUCCCAGCGCUGUCAAACUGGGAGCAGGUUUUAUAUUUGACUAACCCGGAGAGCUGGAGUGCGGCUGCCAUGUACCAAGCAACAAGAAUCUUUUCCUCCAAUUUGAAAGAGAGAAUGGCCCAGAGAUUUUAUAAUUUAGUGCUGUUACCCCGAAUACGUGAUGAUAUUGCAGAAUACAAGCGACUCAACUUUCAUCUGUACAGUGCCCUGAAGAAAGCAUUGUUCAAACCUGGAGCGUGGUUUAAGGGUAUACUGAUCCCUCUCUGUGAAUCUGGAACAUGCACUCUGAGAGAAGCGAUCAUCGUUGGAAGCAUACUCACAAAAUGUUCGAUCCCUGUGCUUCACUCCAGCGCGGCAAUGCUUAAAUUGGCAGAGAUGGAGUAUAAUGGUGCCAACAGUAUUUUCCUGCGUUUGCUGCUGGACAAGAAGUACGCCCUGCCUUUCCGUGUGCUUGACGCUCUGGUGGCUCACUUCCUGUCCUUCCGCAGUGAAAAGCGUGUGCUUCCUGUGCUUUGGCAUCAGAGUUUGCUCACUCUGGCACAGCGCUAUAAGUCUGACCUGGCAUCUGAACAAAAGACCACCCUGUUGGAGCUGCUGAAGAUACAAACCCACCCUCAGAUUUCUGCAGAGAUUCGCAGAGAACUACAAAACUCAGAGUCACGGGAUAUUGAAAUUGGACUUCCCGUGACUGUGGCUAUGGAGUGAGGAGUCAGAAUGAAGACAAGACUUUAAUGUUAUGGAACAGAUGUUUCUAAUUCUGAACUAUGAUUUGAUUUGUUUGCAAGCUCAGAAA